AAUGGUGUUGGGAUUUUAAAAAGCUUUGUACAUAAGAUAUUUAAUACUCAAGAUGGAUUUAAAAUCUAAGACAAUCAAAUGUUAUAAAAAUACGCCACAGUUUUUCAAAUUUUGUUAACAAUAAUAAAAUAAUCAUUAGAAUAGUCAUAAAAGAAUAUUAGAAUGUCCGUUAAAAAAAACGAAAAGGUUUCUCCAAGAAAUUCUUUCGACUUUGAAGAUGAUGUAAUAUAUGAAAACUUUAUCCAAGAGGAAUUUCCAAGUGAUAUCGUUUUCCCUGAAACACUUACUCUUCAUCUUCGAAAUCGAAUUCAAGAGAUAACUUCAGAAAACGGUUGUUUGCGAAAGGCACUGCAGGAUGCAGAAGAGAAAUUACAACUUUUAGAAAACACUGUUGUUUCUGAAACUUCAAAUUUGUCUCAAAACGCGAAUGAAACAUCUGCUACGAAAAUCAUUCUUCUAAGUAAAAUGUGCAAAGAUCAAGCCAUGGAAGUCGAAAAUCUAAAAUCUAAAUGCAAAAUUUUGAAUGACAAACUUGUUAGCACAAAAUCGCUUCAGAUGAACAAUACAAAAUUCAAAAGCUCUAAUGAAAGUGCAGUUACAAUUGGCCCUUUUCAAGAUCAAGAUGAAAACAGCCUUCUGAAUGGGCAUCUCUUGGAGAAAGAUGUACAAAUCAAAGCCCUUAACGAGAAACUCCAUCAGGCAAAUACUAAAAUUCUAGAGGUGAAGAAUACCAAUUCAUUUUUGAAACAGGAAGUCAACAAAGCGCAUAAGCUGCUGUGCAGUGAAGUCGGUGAGAAUGUUACCACAACAGGACUCUUCAAGCAAAGUGGAUGGCGAGGUCGUGCCGAACAAAUUCAACUUUUGCACAAAAAAGUACUGGAAUUACAGGGAAAAUUGAGCGAGUAUGAUGGGUCUUACAGAAGCUCUUCAGUAUCGUUAGAUUCCAAAGCGGCUGCAAAUUUACGAAAUCUGGAAAAGGAAAGAAGACAGCAGGUUGAAAAUUCAGCGCGAGAGCUGAGGCGAACUGAAAUUGCUCUGGAAAAUAUGAAAAGAAAACUAGAAGCUGCCAAAGCAAGAAUUAAGGUUUUAGAAAGUGAAGUGUGUGCAGCAAAACGGAAUGUAAUGUUGUUGAAUGAAAAAAGGAGUCAUGAUGAUCAGUUAAUUGAAGCUUUAAAUGGCCAGCUAAAGGCCGUUGACCUCCGAUUUCAAGAUCGUGAAGUUGAAAUUCAUAAUCAAAAAGAAAAAAUUGAACGAGAAUUGGCUGCUUUGAAGAACGAAUUAGAAGGUGCACAAGUAAAAAAUAAGCAGCUACAACGAAAACUUGAGGAACGGGAGAAAGAAAUUGAAAUAUUAAAAGCUGGCGGUACUUUAAAGAAACAAUGUCCAGUCUUGACUGAAAGUAAAACGAAUUUGGAUACUCCGAGGAACAUGAAAGAUCCAAAUGAAUACGUCGUUCUAGGUUUGGCUGCUGAUGCUGAGAGUGAAAGACUUCUAGAGCUAGUUUCCGUAUUAAAUAGUCGAUUAGAUAAAGAAAGAAAUGAUACUGAUCGAUUCUCACAAUCUUUACGAACUGAGCGUAACAAGGUAGCUAAAUUAGAAACAAAAAUACAAAAGUUAGAAAUGGAAAGAGUAAAUAGUGGGUACAGAUUCCGACUUUGUAAGACCUCACAAUCAACAGAUGAAAAAUUGACAACAGAACAAAUUCGAUACAAGAUUGAAUUAUUGGAAGAAGAAAAUCUCGCCCUAAAAACUAGGCUAGCUACAGUGCAACGUGAAAAGACAGCAGACCUUCUAAUAUUUAAACAAAUGCUGGAUCAAACCAGAAAAAUUUUUCAUGACGCAUUCCGGUAGAAUCUGUUUCCUCUAAAUUUUAAUUAGCGUACAGUACUCUG